AGGGUUUUACAUAGGAUAUACCGGUUAAACUGAAAACGCCCUUUUCAAAGACUCAUUUUCUCUCUCUCUUCACCGGGUACUGUUUACCAAUGGCGGUCGGUGGUUGCACUUUCUCGUCGGACGAUAUCGUCCUAAAGUCACCGACCGAUAGGCGAUUAUACAGAUAUAUUCAAUUGCAGAAUGGUCUCUGCGCUCUGCUCGUUCACGAUCCUGAAAUUUACCCUGAUGGGCCUCCCGAAUCUUCGAAAACGGCCGAACACAGUGAAGAAGACGAAGACGACGACGAAGACGGAGAAGAAGACGAAGGAAGUGAGGAAGAUGAAGAGGACGAUGACGAAGAGGAUGAAGAAGACGAUGAAAUGAAAGAAAAGGGAAAGAAAGGCGCUUCUCAGACUAAGCAGGCAGCCGCAGCAAUGUGUGUUGGAAUGGGAAGCUUCUCUGAUCCUUUGGAGGCACAGGGUCUGGCCCAUUUUCUAGAACACAUGCUCUUCAUGGGGAGUACUGAAUUUCCAGAUGAGAACGAGUAUGAUAGUUACUUAUCCAAGCAUGGGGGCUCGUCUAAUGCAUACACGGAAGCUGAGCAUACCUGUUACCAUUUUGAUGUUAAGCGGGAGUUUCUGAAUGGUGCCUUGAGAAGAUUUUCUCAGUUCUUUAUUUCACCUUUAGUUAAAGCUGAAGCCAUGGAACGAGAGGUUCUUGCUGUGGAUUCAGAAUUUAACCAAGCUUUGCAAAACGAUUCUUGCCGCCUUCAACAACUACAAUGCCAUACAUCAACGCCUGGCCAUCCCAUUAACAAAUUCUUUUGGGGGAACAAGAAGAGUCUGGUUGAUGCUAUGGAGAAAGGAAUCAAUCUGCGCGAACGAAUAUUGAAAUUAUAUGGUGAUAACUACCAUGGUCGGUUAAUGAAGCUAGUCGUCAUCGGGGGAGAGACUCUAGAUGUACUUGAAAGAUGGGUUCUGGAAUUAUUUAGUAAUGUAAGAAAAGGUCCUCCAGUAAAGCCAGAGGCUAAUGUGGAAGUUCCCAUAUGGAAAGCCGGUAAAAUUUACAGGUUACAGGCAGUUAAAGAUGUUCAUAUCCUUAAUUUGACAUGGACAUUACCAUGCCUUCGAAAAGAGUAUUUGAAAAAAUCAGAAGAUUACUUGGCUCAUCUCAUCGGGCAUGAGGGAAAAGGGAGCUUGCAUUUCUUUUUAAAAGCUAAAGGGUGGGCAACUUCUAUAUCUGCUGGUGUCGGGGAUGAAGGAAUGCACCGAUCUUCAAUAGCUUAUAUUUUUGGCAUGUCUAUACACCUCACUGACUCUGGCUUGGAGAAGAUACACGAGAUCAUUGGGUUUGUUUAUCAAUACAUAAAGUUGCUACGUCAAGUUUCUCCCCAAGAAUGGAUUUUUAAGGAACUGAAGGAUAUUGGAAAUAUGGAAUUUAGAUUUGCAGAAGAACAGCCUCAGGAUGAUUAUGCUGCUGAUCUUGCAGAGAACCUGCUUGUUUAUCCACCUGAACACAUUAUUUAUGGGGACUAUGCAUACAAUGUGUGGGAUGAGGAAAUGAUCAAAUACGUUUUGAGUUUCUUUACUCCAGAAAAUAUGAGGGUGGAUGUAGUAUCGAAGUCUUUCAAUAAGUUGCAAGAUUUACAAUGCGAGCCAUGGUUCGGAUCACAAUAUACCGAGGAAGAUAUUUCUCCACAUUUGAUGGAGUUAUGGAGGGACUCUCCUGAUGUUGUCACGUCCUUGCAUCUGCCUACAAAGAAUGAGUUCAUUCCGUGUGAUUUCUCCAUACGUGCCGAAAAGGUGUCCACAGAUCUUGCAAAUGUACAUUAUCCAAAAUGUAUAGUUGAUGAACCUUUGAUGAAGUGCUGGUACAAACUUGACAAGACAUUCAAAUUUCCUCGUGCGAAUACGUAUUUCCGCAUUACAUUAAAGGACGGAUGCAAAAAUGUGAAGAAUGCUCUGUUGACUGAAUUAUUUAUUCAGCUUCUAAAAGAUGAGCUGAAUGAGAUUGUAUAUCAGGCCAGUGUUGCAAAGUUAGAAACUUCUGUAUCACUUUUCAGUGACAAGCUGGAGCUGAAGGUCUAUGGUUUUAAUGACAAGCUUCCAGUUCUUUUGUCUAAAGUUUUGGAAAUAGCCAAAUCUUUCUCGCCAAGAGAUGAUCGCUUCAGUGUUAUUAAAGAGAAUUUGGAGAGAACCUUGAAAAACUCAAACAUGAAGCCACUAAAUCAUUCAUCAUAUUUGAGACUGCAAGUCCUGUGCCAGAGUUUCUGGGAUGUAGAUGAGAAGCUGUGCUUGCUAAAUAAUUUAUCUCUUAAUGAUCUAAAGGAUUUUAUUCCAGAGCUUCUUUCUCAGCUAUAUAUUGAGGGGGUUUGCCAUGGCAAUUUGCUGGAAGAAGAAGUGAUCGAAAUAUCAAAUAUAUUUAAAAGAAACUUUUCAAUACAACCGCUCCCAUUUGAGAUGAGGCAUAAAGAGUAUGUUAUGUGUCUCCCUUCUAGCGCUGACCUUGUUAGAGAUGUAAGGGUGAAGAAUAAGCUGGAAACAAACUCUGUAGUUGAGCUUUAUUAUCAGAUUGAACCAGAACUAGGGAAAGAAUCAACCAGAUUGAAAGCAAUUGUAGAUCUUUUUGAUGAAAUUGUUGAAGAACCACUUUUUAAUCAGCUAAGGACAAAAGAGCAGCUGGGUUAUGUUGUUGAUUGUAGCCCACGAGUAACAUACCGCAUAUUAGGGUUCUGUUUCCGUGUUCAAUCUUCCGAGUACAAUCCAGUCUACUUGCAGGGAAGAAUAGAUAACUUCAUAAAUGGCCUAAAAGAGUUGUUGGAUGGACUUGAUGAUGAAUCCUUCGAGAAUUACAGAAGUGGGUUAAUUGCAAAGCUUCUGGAGAAAGAUCCAUCUCUCUCAUAUGAAACAAAUCGAUUGUGGGGUCAAAUUGUAGAUAGAAGGUAUAUGUUUGACUUGUCUGAGAAGGAGGCAGAGGAACUUAGGAAUAUCCAGAAGAGUGAUGUUACCGAUUGGUAUAGUACUUAUUUGAGACAAUCAUCUCCGAGGUGUCGGAGGCUUGCAGUUCGUGUUUGGGGUUGCAAAACUGACUGGAAAGAAGCCGACACACAAGUGACAUCGGUGCAGGUCAUCGAUGAUCUUGCAGCCUUCAAGAUGUCAUCUAAGUUCUAUCCAGGCUUUUGUUGAUCUUGCAGCCUUCAAUAUGUCAUCUAAGUUCUAUCCAAGCAUUUGUUCAGAACCAUUGCAGGCCUGAGUUUCGAGCCCAGGAAGUAGGUGGGAAUGUGGGAUUAUUAUUUUUUUAUUUACCUCUAGAACUUGCUACAAAUCCAAGAACAAGAAUAAAAGGAAAAAAUUAGAUUAAUUUGCUUAACAAUAAUAAUAGUUUUUCUUUAUUGAUGUAUCAUCAAUAAGAUACUAUAGAUCGUAAUUGUCUUCGUAAGAGGUUCACUAAUGCUUCGAGGGGGUGCUUCCUAAAUUGUUUGGCAGAUAAAAUUAGCUCAGAAGGCGUUAUUCUCCGGGUGCAGAUGCUCUCUAUGAAGAAAAAUUAGAAAGCCCCAUUUUCUUCUGUCCAGAAAUUAGAAGAGAGUAGGAAAUUAAUUUCCCACUUCCUCCAAUAUGCUGCAGCUGCUUCUCAGGUUUGACCCCCUCUUAUUCGAGAACUGCUAUUGUAAUUCUUAUUUAUCGCUGUUCUUGUUUGUAACAGUUUGCAAUUGAUUGAUUUUAUUGACACAAUAAGACCUAUAGCCAUGCAUUUAUAACAAUUGAUUGAUUUUUUCACUA